ACUAGAAAAGAAGCGAAGCUGGCUAGCAGCAGCGACAGCACCGCAAUGGCUUUAGCUAUACACUCAGCCAGCCCUUGUCUCUUCGCCCCUACUGGCAGUAGUAAUACCAAUCUCUUCUUUUUCAGAAAUCGUAGCAGGAUAAUUCUAACCCAGAAGAAAUGCAGAGUUGGAGUAUCCCAGCAUAAACGAGAGAUUUCUCCUUGUUCUCUUGAACCCUGUCCACAAAGGAGGAUUUUUAGGAGGGAUUUGGCUUUGGUGUUGUUGGGGCUCUCUUCGGUGUCCGUAACUUUUCCAUUUUCUGCGGCUCUUGCUGGUGAAGAGCUGAAAAUGGCUUCGUUUAUGGAUGAAAUAAAUGCUUAUUCUUAUUUGUACCCUGUGGAGUUGCCAUCUAAGAAGUUUCUCUUCAAAUGGGUAGAAUCCAGAAAGCCAGAACGAUACUCAUCAGCUGCACCACUUUCUCCUGAUGCUCACCUGCGCAUUGUGUCUGAGCGUGUUGAUAUUAUUGAUAAUCUCAUAAUUUCUGUUACGAUAGGUCCACCAAAUUCAAAGUUUAUAAAAUCAAAGGACAAGAGUAUGUGGACCGCAAAAGAUGUUGCUGAUUCAGUUUUGUCUGACAAGUCUGCUCUGCGAGUCACCUCAAGCCAGCGCUUAGCUGAGAGUUCAGUUCUUGAUACACAUUCUAGUGAAAUUGAUGGCGAGCGUUAUUGGUAUUAUGAAUACCUUGUUCGGAAAUCACCAACAAGGCUGGACCAAGAAUCAAGUAUAUAUCGGCAUUAUCUUUCUUCAACAGCCGAAAGAGAUGGUUAUCUGUAUUCUCUGAGUGCUUCAACUCUCAGCACACAGUGGAAAAAAAUGGGACCUUUCCUUGAAAAAGCAGUGAAUUCUUUCCGUCUAGUCAGUCCAACAGAAGAUUAUGUCCCUCCAUACAAAGAUCCAUGGAGAUUUUGGUAAACACCCAAAUUUUGUUUAUUUUGUUAGGCUAUCAUAGUCUAUUAUUCCUCUGAUUAAUGCAAAAAUGACAUUGUAUUAUAUUCGUUGGGUUGUCUUUGUAAAAACUCUUCAGUUCUGUUGUUCUCA